CGGCAGUCCAAUUGCUACCUCCAUAUCUUCCUCGUCUCUCUGGGUACUUCCAUUUCGACCAGACUUUGGAAUCCGACCAAACAACGAAUAUCGUGCGAGGAGGGCUUGUCAUGAAGGCGAACUACAAGUUCUCCAAUCUCUGUGGGACAGUGUACAGGCAGGGAAACAUCAUUUUUACGCCAGACGGAAACUCAGUGUUGAGCCCGGUGGGCAACCGUGUGUCCGUGUUCGACCUCGUCAACAACAAGUCACAUACGUUUCCCUUCGAGAACCGCAAGAACAUCGCCGCUAUCGCUCUGAGUCCGGAUGCGAAUGUCCUGCUAAGCAUCGACGACGACGGUCGCGCGUUGCUGGUCAACUUCAAAAGGGGUGUCGUCCUUCAUCAUUUCAACUUUCACAAGGCUGUCAAAGCGCUGAAGUUUUCGCCAGACGGAAAAUAUAUCGCCGUCUCUCAUGACACCCACGUUCAAGUCUGGCGCACGCCCAACCACCUCAUCCGGGAGUUUGCCCCGUUCAACCUUCACAGGACGUAUACUGGCCACCAUGACGAGGUGUUGAGCAUCGAGUGGUCUCCGGACUCGAAAUGUUUCAUCACUACGUCCCGCGACAUGACCGCACGGCUGUUCACGCUCGAUCCCCUGGAAGGUUUCCGGCCGAAGACGUUUGCAGGACACAAGGACGCAGUCUUGAACGCGUACUUUUCUAGCGAUGCGAAAACGAUAUACACCGUCAGCCGAGAUGGCGCAGUUUUCACCUGGAGGGCCAAGCCCAGAGAAGCGGCUUCGGACGAAUCAGACGCAGACGACGACGACGACUUGCCCAUUGCAUCGACGUCGAACGGCACCGGCGCGCUCUACAACGAGAUCGCCAACACGCGAUGGGGCGUACAUAAGCGUCAUUACUUCAACCAGCCCGGCGGCACAAAGGUCGUGUGCAGCACCUACCAUCGUGCUUCAAACCUUCUAGUCGUCGGGUUCUCCACUGGUGUUUUCGGCUUGUGGGAGAUGCCUUCGUUUUCGAACAUCCACACCCUCAGCAUAUCGCAGGAGAAAAUCUCGUCGGUCGCGAUCAAUCCUUCAGGCGAGUGGCUCGCGUUUGGCGCGAAGAAGCUUGGACAGCUGCUUGUGUGGGAGUGGCAGUCCGAGUCGUACGUGCUCAAGCAGCAGGGUCAUUUCUUCGACAUGAACACGCUCGCGUACUCACCCGAUGGCCAGUACAUAGCCUCCGGAGGCGAUGACGGCAAGGUGAAGGUUUGGAAUACGACGUCCGGGUUCUGCUUCGUUACCUUCUCUGAGCACUCUGCUGCCGUCUCCGCCGUGGAGUUUACCAAACAGGGCCAAGUCCUCUUCACAGCGUCUCUCGAUGGCACCGUACGUGCGUUCGAUCUCAUUCGUUAUCGCAACUUCCGUACCUUCACAUCGCCCACGCCGGUCCAGUUCUCGUGCCUUGCGGUAGACCCGAGCGGCGAGGUAGUUGCUGCGGGUUCGACAGACUCGUUCGAGGUCUUCUUGUGGUCGGUCCAGACUGGCAAGCUGCUCGACAUCCUAACCGGGCAUGAAGGCCCUGUCAGCUCGCUAGCGUUUUCCCCUACUGGCAACUUGCUCGCGUCUGGCUCCUGGGACAAGAGUGUGCGGGUAUGGACGGUCUUUGGGCGUUCGCACGCGGUGGAGCCCUUCCAGCUGAGCGCGGACGUGCUCGCGGUCGCGUUCCGGCCUGAUGGGAAGGAGCUUGCCGCCUCCAGCCUUGACGGCCAGGUCAUGUUCUUCGACGUCGACCUUGGCAAGCAGACGAAUCUCAUUGACGGUCGACGCGAUAUAUCCGGAGGACGGAAGGCGGACGAUCGGGUCACGGCGGCCAACAGUGCUUCUGGGAAGUCCUUCAACAGCCUCGCGUACACCGCGGACGGGCAAUGCAUCAUCGCGGGCGGGAACAGCAAGUAUGUCGUGAUCUACGACGUGCGCGAAGGGGUCAUGGUGAAGAAGUUCCAGAUCUCGCAGAACCUGAGCCUGGACGGCACCGAGGAGUUCCUCGACAGCCGCAAGCUCACCGAGGCCGGCAACAUCGACCUGAUCGACGACCGCGGCGACGAGAGCGACCUCGAAGACCGGAUGGAUACUGCGUUGCCAGGCGCGCAGCACGGCGACAUGUCGAAGCGUCGGUAUCGACAAGAGGCGAGGACGAAAUGCGUGCGCUUCUCACCCACAGGCCGCGCGUGGGCUGCAGCGUCGACUGAGGGCCUCCUGAUUUACUCCGUCGACGAGUCUAUCGCAUUCGACCCGUUCGACCUCGACCUCGAUUUGACGCCGCAGUCGCUCCUCGCGACGCUUGCGCAGCGCGAGUACCUGAAGGCGCUUGUCAUGGCGUUCCGCCUGAACGAGAAGCCGCUCGUACAGACAGUGUACGAGGCCGUGCCCCGCGCGGACAUCCGGCUGCUCGUACGUAGCCUGCCGAUCGUGUACGUCGGGCCGCUGCUACGGUUCGUAGCGGAGCAUAUGGAGCGCAGCCCGCAUGUGGAGUUCGACUUGCUGUGGACGAGCGCGUUGCUUGGGGCGCAUGGGCGGCAUUUGAGGGAUCGGUCAGGGGAGUACGCGAGCGUGCUGAGGGCGCUGCAGAAGGGGCUAGGAGACUUUGAGGAGCUUAUUUCGCGACUAUGUUCGGACAAUAGCUCGACGCUGGCCUACCUGCUUGACCAGUUGAAGGUGAAGCAGGGCAAGGACGCGGACGUGGAGAUGGACGAGUCGAGCGGACAUGCUAUCAGCGCUUUCUGAAAUUAUAGAGCUCAUCAUCGGCGGAAUGGGUGAGCUGCUUGUCGAUGCGCGAUGCUUGCACGAUGCCUACUCCGCGCUGCAGGUCGUAAAAGUAGUGUAUGGCAUGGUGUAUGACAGAGGAGGUGCUGCUAUUGUGAAGAGUUGUUGAUUUAUCAUUCAACG